GCCUGGAUCAGUGGUAUCCGAGCGGGCUCUGUCCCCUCCUGUGGCAGCCAUGUCAAGGCCAGCUGCCGCUGGAUCGCCUUCAGCGCCGAGGCUGCCGGUGUGCUGGGCAUUGUGCCCCUGGAGUGCCAGGAUGGGGGCAAGAGGACCAUAUCUCAGCUCUGCUGCCACUCAGAUGUGGUCACAGACUUUGACUUCUCCCCCUUUGAUCAGCUCCUGCUGGCCACAGGCUCUGCUGAUGAGACGGUGAAGGUGUGGCGCCUCCCCGAGGGUGGCCAGGACAUUCCCAGUGGCUCAGGGCUGACCCUGGGGCCCGGGGGGGCUCCAGUGGACACUCUGCAGUUCCACCCCACGGCAGACGCUGUCCUGGCCAGUGGUGCAGGGAGGAGAGUCACUGUGUGGGACCUGGGCCAGCAGCAGCCCCUGACAGUCCUGGAUUCCCACGGGGACCAGCUGCAGAGCCUGACCUGGAAGCGAGAUGGGCGCCUCCUGGGCACCUCCUGCAAGGACAAGAAACUGCGGAUCUUUGACCCCCGAGCAGGCCCAGCUGCCUCCCAGAGUGUCCUGGGACACGACAACAACAAGGACUCCCGGCUGCUCUGGAUGGGCUCCAGCGAUUGCCUCAUCUCCGUGGGGUUCAGCCAGAUGCGGGAGCGGGAGGUGAAGCUGUGGGACACGCGGAGGCUCAGCGGGGCGACGCUCACCAUGGCUCUGGACACCUCACCUGGGGUGACCAUCCCUCUGUACGACGCCGACACGGGGCUGCUGGUGCUGGCAGGGAAGGGAGAAAACCUCCUGUACUGCUUCGAGGUGGCCCCUGCACAGCCAGCACUCACCCAGGUGACCCAGUGCAGGACAGAGGGCAGCACGCGGGGCCUGGGGGCCGUGCCACGCCUGGCCCUGGAUGUCAUGGCCUGCGAGGUGCUCCGUGUCCUGCAGCUCACCGACACCGCCCUCGUCCCCAUCAGCUACGUGGUGCCACGCAAGUCUGUGCAGGAGUUCCACGAGGAUCUGUUCCCUGACUGCACAGGGAUGCUGCCAGCCACCGAUGCCCAAGGCUGGUGGGCAGGGGACAGCCAGCAGGUGGGGAGGGUGAGCCUGCACCCUGCACGGAGACCCACGGAGACCUUCACAUCCCCCAUCAUUGCUGGCACUGUCCCCACCAACGCCGGACACACAGACACCGACACCGGCCACACCGACAUCGACACUGGCCACACUGACGCCGACCAGAGUGAAGCCAGUGGCUACUCCUCCCCGUCCUCGCUGGCCUCCCCAGGCAGCGCGGCCACCUCGCUCUCAGCCAGCACCGGCCCCUCCAGCGGCUUUGCCAGCAGCGGGUGAGGACGCCAAGAUCCGGCUGUGGCGCAUCCCUGAGGGAGGGCUGCAGGAGACCCUGCAGGAGCCUGAAGCUGUUCUCCGAGGUCACACGGAGAAGAUUUACUCCAUCCGCUUCCACCCCACGGCAUCCGAUCUCCUGGUCUCCUCCUCCUACGACAUGACCGUGCGGAUCUGGGAGCUGAGCACAGGGCAGGAAGUCUUGUGCCUGCAGGGACACACGGAUCAGAUUUUCAGCAUGGCUUGGAGCCCGGAUGGGAAGAAGCUGGCAACGGUGAGCAAAGAUGGACGGAUACGGCUCUACGAGCCACGGCGCGGCUCUCAGCCUCAACAGGAGGGCCCAGGUCCCGAGGGGGGACGCGGAGCGCGCCUGGUUUGGGUUUGUGGUGGUGACUACAUCCUGGUGUCCGGCUUUGACAGCCGCAGCGAGAGGAGGAUCCUCCUGUACCGGGCACAGGCCCUGUCUGAAGGACCUUUGUCUGUCCUUGGUCUGGACGUGGCCCCUUCCACCCUCCUGCCCUUUUAUGAUGAGGACACCAGUGUUGUCUUCCUCACCGGCAAGGGUGAUACCAGAGUCUUCCUCUAUGAAGUGAGCCCCGAGCCCCCCUACUUCCUCGAGUGCAACAGCUUCACCUCCAAUGAACCCCACAAGGGCUUUGUCUUCCUGCCCAAAACGGCGUGCGAGGUGCGGGACGUGGAGUUUGCACGGGCGUUGCGCCUGGGGCAGAGCAGCCUGGAGCCCGUGGCUUUC